CUAGCCACAGAGGAGAAAAUGUUCCGACAAGAGCAGUUAUUCGGCGAGCCUUCCAAUGCGAGCAAUGCAGCUUGGGGCGCGCUCUUCCCAAAGCGCGGGGGAUUCUUUAAUCAUCCGGACAUCGCGCCUGAGCGGAGCGCAUAUGCAGUGUUCCACCAGCUGCACUGCCUGAACGCGCUGCGCGCCUCCUACUGGACCGCGUUCGACGCAGCCAUGUCAUCUUCCUCCGAGCCUUUGAAGCCCGAAGCCAUCCCGCCCGAGAUUUCGCCAAAGCAUAUGCGGCAUUGUAUCGAUCUGCUGCGGCAGGCGCUCAUGUGCACGCCGGAUCUUACGGGAGAGGUCAAGAAUGAGACGCUGGGCGGUGUUACGGGGUUUGGGACUGUGCAUGAGUGUCGGAGUUGGGGUGGGUUGAUGGAGUGGAUGGGGGAGUGGGAGGAUGUUGGGGCGCCG